AUGAAAGCUUUUUAUGUCAUUGCCUUUGCUGCUUCUGUUUCUUCAAAUAUAGUCAAUGUUGUAAAAAGAGCUGAAGAUUGUUCUGUUGAUGCAUGUGUAAGAGCACAUGGUUCUCUUGCAAGAAAAGGUUGUAUUGACGGUGAUAUCAAUUAUGCAGAUUGUAUUUGUUCCUUGUCAGAUAAUUUUUUCAAUGACUUGUUUGAAUGUUCUCAAAGUUGUAAUCAGUGGGAAGGAACAAUGAUUCAUGGUCCAGAUGAUCUUAAGGAUCUCUAUUGUGCCAUUGCUUUAAACACGGCUUUAACCAUGGAUGAUUCAGCACCAGUUACUGAAAAGAAUGAAGCCACCACAAAAUCAUCGACUACUUCAAAAACCAAAUCAACCACUAUAAGAAACAGUGGUAGCUCAACUGGAGAAUUGUCGUCUGAAAGUGAAGAACCCACUGAAACCGAAGAAACCAGUUCUUCAGCCGAUACUGGAUCCAAGAGUUUCAUGUCCCUCCUUGGAUUACUUGCUGCCUUGGUAAUUUAA